UUGGCAAAUAGUGCCUUUCACAAUGCUGAUGAUGGCUGCAUGGUGCGGUUGGUGAGAAGAAACUGCUCCCAGCUGAACAAUCGCACGAGGACCACCGGCCCCAAUAACCACCGAAAUACAGAACACACCAUGAGUUCAGCAGUAGACUACAUUGUCCAGGAGAAGAUCUGGUUUGAUAAGCCUCGCUAUGAUGAGGCGGAGAGACACUUCUACGAACACAUUAACAGCACCUCUCACCCAGCACAGGAGCUGGGAGCCAACACCAUCCUGCAGGACAUAGCCCGGGCAAGAGAGAACAUCCAGAAGUCCCUAGCAGGAAGUGCAGCUAAUGGGGUAGGAGAUCAAGGCGAACUCAUCACACGGAUUAAGAGCCUGGAGCUAGAGAACCACAGUCUGCACCAAGUGGUGGAGGACCUGCGGUCAGCUCUGUCUAAAUUGGAGUGUCGGGUAGCGGUUCUGGAGAAAUCACCGUCGGCAGCUCCAGUCUCUGCAGCCCCCUGUACAAACGGAACCUCUGUCCAGCAGCAGAAGACCAGCCCCCCAGUGGAGGAUAUAGAUGAUGAUGAUGAUAUGGAUCUGUUCGGCAGCGAUGAAGAGGAGGAUGCGGAGGCUGAGCGAAUCAAAGAGCAGAGGCUGAAAGAGUACGCAGAGAAGAAGGCAAAGAAACCCACCCUCAUCGCAAAGUCCUCCAUCCUAUUGGACGUCAAGCCUUGGGAUGAUGAGACAGACAUGGCUAAGCUGGAGGAAUGUGUGAGGUCUGUUGUCGCUGACGGUCUACUUUGGGGUCAGUCGAAGCUGGUUCCCGUGGGUUAUGGUAUCCGGAAGCUACAGAUCCAGUGUGUUGUCGAGGACGACAAGGUCGGGACAGACCUGCUAGAGGAGGAGAUCACAAAGUUCGAGGACUAUGUCCAGAGUGUUGACGUAGCAGCUUUCAACAAGAUCUGAUUCCACCUUCCUCUUCAUUGGGCCCGUCCCACAUGGCACUCCAGUCCCUCUGUAGUGCUCUGCUUUAGACCAGAACCCUAUGAGCUGGUCAAAGUUAGUGCACUAUGUAGAGAGUAGCGUGUCAUUUGGGACGUAGCAAUUUUCCCAGUCCGUCCCUUGCUGCUGUUUGUCACACGGUUAAUAAUAAAGAGCUUUUGGUGCACUUUAA